GCUUUCUUUUCUUUUUGUUUCUCCUUUUCUAGAAUGUCGGACCCUAUUGAAACCGUCAUGGAAGCGGAGCCCGAGGCCGAGGCGUGGUUCGGCCUCCUCGACAUCGUGAUCCUGGUGGCGCUCGCCGCCUUCGGCGUCUGGUGGGUGCUGAGCAACAAGAAGAAGCAGGCGGAGCAGGCGGCCGCGCACAAGUCGUACUCACUGCAGCCAACCUCGAUGACGACCCAGACCACCGACAACUCGUUCCUCAAGAAGCUGAAGACGUCCGGGCGUUCGCUCGUCGCGUUCUACGGCAGCCAGACCGGCACCGGCGAGGAGUUCGCCGGCCGCCUCGCCAAGGAGGGCAUCCGCUACCAGCUCAAGGGCAUGGUGGCCGACCCCGAGGAGUACGACAUGGUAGGUGUCCAGGGUGUCCGAAGGACGGGCCGUCAGGGUGGCGGCGCGACCGUGAGCGGGACACAGCAGCGCGGUGGGCGACCGCGUUGAUAUCCUCGCUGAGUGGUGGCGUGGCGUAGCGUGGCGCGGCGACUGACAGUGACCCUGGUGGCGAAUCCACCAUCGCCACGCCGCCGCACCGCGCAGGCCGCUCUGUGACGUGAUGCCGACGAGUGGUGACGCCGGGCGGGAGAA